GCGUAAUCUACCGAACAUAGAUUUGUCUGAGUAAAGAAAAGAAAAGAAAAAUAAAAUCAAAACUGAGAGAGAGUGCGAACAAACGAAAGAAGAAAGAAGAAGAGAUAGAUCUGUGGAUCUGUGAUCAUAAGAAGAAGAAGAAGAAAUGAUGACAUCAGGAGGAAAAUACACAACGAUUAAUAAUCAACAGUUACAAGGAUCUGUUCCGGCCGUUCCAGAUCCACCGCCGGUCACCGUCAAAUUCACCGAUUCAAAUCUUCAGACGUUUCCUCCAUCACAAGCACAAGGGAAGAUUACUAGUGGUUCUAGACCACCUCGAGAUGCAGAUGAUUCAUUUUCAAAACCUGUACCUGGUGGUUCUUCUGAUGAACCUCAGCAGGGUGGUUGGCUUCGAAAUUUCGCAGUUGCUGCUUACAAACCAUACUUUGAUGUUGACACUUCAGAUGUUCUAGAGAGGAUUAUAGACUCCCUUUUUCCAUUCAGAGGAACUUUUAAUGAAAAAACUUCUACCAACCCUGAUUUGUAUGGGCCAUUCUGGAUUUGUACUACAUUAAUAUUUCUAGCAGCAUCUAUGGGAACAUUUGUAACAUAUAUAGCACACAAGCUGAAGGAUCAGGAAUGGAACUAUGACAUAAAUCUGGUGACUUGGUCUGCUGGUUUGUUUUAUGGCUAUGUUACGAUCGUUCCUCUUUGCCUUUAUGUAAUCCUCAAGUACUUCUCUGUACCGGCGGGACUUGUUCAACUACUCUGCCUAUAUGGAUAUUCCCUGUUCAUCUUUAUUCCAGCUCUGUGCAUGUCCAUUGUCCCACUGGAUAUAUUCAGAUGGGUGAUUGCAGGUGUGGCAGGGUUCAUGUCGGCAACAUUUGUUGCACUUAACCUACGGGCUCAUAUCAAGUCAGCAGGGGAACAGUGGUUCUUCAUUGUUGCUGGCAUUUUUCUACUGCAGUUGGCUCUAUCCGUUGUUUUAAAGAUCUACCUCUUUACGGUAUCAGUUUAAGAUGAAACUGGAAUGCAUGAAUGAGAAAUAUAUUUCGAAGAGAUAGUUUUUUGUCCUAAUAGGAUUUCAUUAAUACAGUUUAAUUGAAAUAUCAUUCACAGAUUAAACCUUGUGUAUUCAUUAAUUCAUCGCAAUAUAUAGAAGCAUUCUGUAUUUGUUCA